AUGAUGAAAGGCAGACGGGCUAUCUCCAAUGCUGCUCGACCUAGGAUGUUGCCUACCCAGCAUAAAGCAUGGCAUCCAAGUCGCGGAAUCGUAUUCAAGCCCAGCCCGGGAGCUGGCUCACCUCGACGGAAUACAAGUUCUCUUGCGGGAGUAGAACAGGAAUUGCUGUCACGGUCGGAUACAGAAUACUAUUAUGUUCCGGAACCCGCAACGGUUUCUACACUGGCGGAGGCCCAAAAGCUGGAACAGACUCGGCCUGGUGUCGACAAUUCAGCAGAUACUCCCCCGGUGAUUCCGAACAUCCAAGACGAUGCAUUUCAAGAUCAAAAAUACGCUGUACUUCCCGAACAAGUCUCUCCUUGGAAAAUGACAGAAGAACUCUUUCGAGCUGCCAAAAAUGCCCCUGCCGAAUCCCCAAGUUCGUACUGGUCUCAUACUCUAUAUCGUGGGCCGACGCUGGAUAAAAAUGGGAACCCAACGAAAGUAACAGUCCAUUACUGCACGAGUAAGAAUACAACCGAACGCGUGCUGAAGAACUAUUUCGAGGAUGUGAAGGUUAUCGGGUUCGAUAUCGAAUGGCUCCACAAUGCCCAUAAGAGUUUAGGACCGAAGAAGCAUGUAUCCUUGAUACAGAUCGCGAGCGAAGACCGGAUUGCACUCUUUCAUAUUGCCCUCUUCACCGGAACUGAUAAAAAGGACCUCGUUGCCCCGUCUCUGAAGAGGAUCUUGGAGGAUCCAGGGGUGACUAAAGUUGGCGUAGCCAUCAAAGGGGACUGCACACGGAUAAAGAACAAUCUCGACAUAGAAUCGAAAGGAUUAUUCGAGCUCAGCCAUCUCUACAAGCUUGUGAAGUUUUCCGAGUCGAAAGAGUUCAAACAAAUUAACAAGAAGCUCAUCUCGCUCGCUAUCCAGGUGCAAGAGCAUCUCCACCUCCCGAUAUUCAAAGGCGGCGAUGUCAGGUCCAGUGAUUGGAGUAAGGCUCUCAAUCUUGCCCAAAUCCGCUACGCUGCGUCCGACUCGUACGCUGGAAUCCAUCUCUACCAAACCAUGGAAAUGAAGCGUAAAGCUCUGGAUCCAACUCCGCCUUGUCCGUAUCAUGCCGAACUAAACAUACCUAUCCGCACUGCCGAAGGAAUUGAGAUACCAACAGAUGAAGCAACUGAAGAAGUGGAAGCCGGAGAGCUCGAGAUGCCUGCACCAGCUAAUCGGAAAACUAGCAAGCAAACUCCAUAUGUGCCUCCCAAGGAUUCGGAUCUUGAAGAUACGAACUUCGAAGAUCCUAAGCUUCCAUCGUCGUCAAUAUCAAACCAUCCUUACAUCCAUCCCACAACUUGGUCCCGAGAGUCUAAUGCCAACAGCGAUUUUAUGACUGUCAUCAAAUCCGAGUCAACGCGUGCCGAAGGCCAGAUCGGAAGUGACUCUUCAAAGUCCAUUGCCAACCCUUGGAAUCCUACCUCGUCCAUGAUAUCAUCCCCUAAAGUCGCAAACCAGCGUUUAGAUAGAUGA